UAAAUGAGAAACAGUGUUUAAAGAACACUAGUUUCUGAAGAUAACAAGCAGUUCUGUUUGGAUAUGUGAUGAUACAGUUAUAGAUUUCAGUAGUGGCAUCAGUCCCCUCAUUUUGGGCAGAAGGAAAACUGAGAAGCAUGAACAAGCCAGUUUGCAAAUACCUAGGCCUUAGUAUUGUCUAAGGGGCAAUAGAGAUUUGACCAUGUCUAUAAUUACCACACUGUAAGAAAACACUGGAAAGUUCUGCCAGAAACCCUACAGCCACUCCUAGACCCUGUCCUUUGACAAAAGACAGUAAAAUACACUGGCAAAGAAGAAAACUGAUUUAGUUUACUGCAGAUAGUUUCUGAACACAGUUUUAAACUGCAUGCUGCAGGAAGUGGAAGUCAAAGAACUUUCUAGUGGCUUGAGGUAUCGGCGGGAACUGCCGAGUAGCGUGAGCAGCCAUUACCAGAGCCGGAGCUGCCGGUUAAACCUGAUCAAGAUGACAACGUCCCAAAAGCACCGAGGCUUCGUGGCAGAGCCCAUUGGGGAAAAGCCAGUGGGGAGCCUGGCCGGGAUUGGUGAAGUCCUGGGCAAGAAGCUGGAGGAAAGGGGCUUUGAUAAGGCUUAUGUGGUUCUUGGCCAGUUUCUGGUGCUAAAGAAAGACGAAGACCUCUUCCGAGAAUGGCUGAAAGACACGUGUGGUGCCAAUGCCAAGCAGUCCCGGGACUGCUUUGGGUGCCUUCGAGAAUGGUGCGAUGCCUUCUUGUAGUGCACUCUGGGCACUCCUCAGUCCCCCCAGCCACAGAAUCUAGUCUCCAGAGUCAGCAGCUGGGUGGGGCUCCUCCCUGUCCCCAUGAAGGAAAAGAUUGCUGUUGCCACAAUCACCUCCUUUGUACUCCGGGGUCUUUUGGGAGUUCUCUUCCCCACA